CCAACAGAAAAAAAAAUCCACUGCUUACCAAAGCAAAGUUCAAUGCACAUAGAAUGGAAUGGUUAAUAUCACAUUAUUAAUGAGGGAGUUCAGUUGGAUAUUUGAACCCGUGAACUAGAGAAGAACAUCCAGAAUCCAGACUCCAGAAGGACUUUAAGACAUAAUAUUCAAAUUGUACUUAAAUAAUUGUUUUAUGUUCCUCUCUGAUACCUGGCUAUUGCUAUUAUGUAAUACGUAGAGAACACAUUCAGCAUGGCUCCAAUUUUAACUAAUAAUUCUGAAGUAAUUGCAAGUAAAAGAAGUGAGAACAAAGAAAAUGGGACUGUACAAGUGAAGAAUCCUCACCUGGCGUCAAUGCCUGAAGAUUUUCUUUAUCAUUUUGAUCUGGGAACAAAAACACACAAUCUACAAGCAAUGUUUGGAGAUGUAAAGUUUGCAUGUGUUGGUGGCAGUGCAAAUCGGAUGAGAAAUUUUGCACAGUUUAUGCACAUGGAACUUGGAUUAAACUGUGAUGGAAGUGACAUUCUAGAUAUUUGUGCAGGAACUGACAGAUAUAACACGUACAAAACUGGUCCUGUGUUGGCUUUACUUCACCAUGCCAAGUGUUGUGAUGUCACUAUCAUACGUCUGGGAACAUCAGGUGGUAUAGAGCAAGGACGUUUGGAUGGAGCUUUAUGUUCAUUUUCUAAUGACGAGAAGCUGGAGUAUUUGAAAAAGGUCCAUAGAGCUGGUGUUAGAAACAUUGAAAUGGAGUCCACUGUCUUUGCUGCAAUGUGCCAUAGUUGUAAUCUAAAAGCUGCUAUUGUCUGUGUGACUUUUAAUCGGUUUGAUGGUGACCAGAUUACAUCUCCACACGAAGUUCUACUUGAGUACCAAAGGCGUCCACAAAAGAUAGUGUCGAUGUUCGUCAAGAAACAGCUUGGGCUGUUAAAAUAGAAUUGAAGUAUAUCAGUGUAAGCAUACAGUAAAUCAUAAACAAAAAUAGAAUUCCAGCUUUGUAUGAACCUUGUCAGACGUGGAAUAGCCUGAUGUUAAUUUAUAAUAUUUCAUUCAAAACCUAAAUUAUGCUUCCAAGAACGAUGCAUGUAAUUUCAAAUACUUAAUAGUGAUGUGCAAAAAUAAUUCUUAAGUUUAAUGCAAUUCAAAUGUACCUAUUUAUAUUGUUAUGCUAUAUUGAUAGCUUUCAGUACUGUUGUACAAUUGUGUAUUAAAUGUAUCUGAUUAGUUGUGAUUGGAUUAUCAAUGAAAUGCAACUGAUUAGUUAAUACUAAUUUAUUUAUGAUGCAAUAAAGAUUAACCCCAUUUUUAAAUGAGAUUGGUCCCAUUGUUAGAUUAAAUGCUUUUAGUGAAAAUAGUUCAUUUCAUAAUCUAUACUGAAAUAUAGUAAAUAUAAUUGAACAUUUAAUUUUCUAUG